UUUUACCGAAAGCAAAGCUCAUCUAAAGGUGGAGACAUUCUGCCAUGUUAAGUUUAAGUUACACCUCCUGUCCUGCCUGUUGCAUUAGUAGACCUCUAGCUCAAAACAGAAACCUGAAACUCUUUCAUCCAUUUGAAAUCUUUUUCAGAAGAAAGAUGUACACCGAUGUCAGUGUUGCUGUCCUGUUCCUUUGUUUCUUUACAUUAUCAUACUGCAGCACAUGUGACAUUAAUAAAUUAGAAGGUGAGACCAUCAGCUUUAAACUGACUGACAGUUCACUUAUGGAUGAUGAUAGAUUCACUAUUAAAAAAGACAAUCAAGUGUUAGUCCGUAAAAGGAAUAGGAAACAAGAAGGAGCAGGGAUCGUGGAAAAUAACUUCUUAAAGUUCCCAGAUGUGAAAUUGAGUGAUGCUGGAUCAUACACUGUUCAGGUUUUUGAUGAACAAGGCAAGGACUUAAACUCAUACACAAAAACCGUCUGUGUUUAUGCAAAAGUCCCAAAGCCAAGAGUGAAUGUUACAUGUAAGGAUGGGAAGAUUGACUUCAUAUGUGAUGUUGAAGACAGUAAAGAUCUAUCUUUCACCUGGGAAAUAAAUGGAGAAGAUUUCAAGACAAACGCAAAAGUUUUAACAAAUGUUGAGGCAGACACUGUUCCAAAGUAUACAUGUACUGCCCAGAAUCCAGUUCAUAAAAAUACAAGUGAUUCAGUAGAAGCAUCAUGUUUGUUUGGCUUUGACCGUGGGGUUAUGUACUGCAUAGCUGUUGGAGGAUCUUUUGUACUGUUUGUGAUGGUGACUGUUGUCUGCUAUUCCUGUAAACUCAGAGCGAGACAAAUGCGAGAUAAACAAAAGUUUGAACUGUACAUCAACACCUCUCAGUCUUGUAGUGAUCAAAAUGCGGACCAAACAGCACAAGGUCAAUCUGCAACUGUGGAAAUCUAUGAUAAUAUUUCUGCCAGAGAAGUAGCUCAAGUCUAAUAUAAGACAAAAUCUAAACCCAGAAACCAGAAGAUGGAUUAGUAAAUAAAAGUCAGGUGUGAUAUCCAGUUCUUAUUGUAUAGACGUGUGUAUGGAGUUACUCCUUGAAUUUUAUUUAUUGUUUACAUGACUAGUAAUUGAACUGUACUUAAAAAAAAUAUUUACUUGUCAUCUGUAGUUAAAUAAAAACUGUUUGAAGACUUUGCCA